AACUGGUCACUGCACCGUCAUCAGCUGCUCGACAGUUUAACUUUGAACUGAAGAUGCAAUGAGUGAACUCAAGCCCGAGGAAACUGUUGCUGCGGCACCUGUGGAGAACUCUGAGGAAAACCCAGCUUUUACCAUCGUGGUGUCGGAUCAGAGCCUGUUCAACAUGGUGGAAGAUGGAGUGGAAGCUAAGGAAGAGGAACCCCUGAAGCCCGGAGCUGCGUUCCCCUUGGUCAAGGCGCUGAUGCAGGUGAACGAGCGUCUGAGACUUCUGCGUCCCGACAGCGAGGAGUUAUUCGACAUCGUCCUGAUGACCGACAGUCGCGCUCAAGUCGGGCUCCGCCUCACCAACAGCAUCAAGCACUACGAGCUGACCGUCAAGAAGUUUGACAUGAUGGAAGGGAUGAGUCUGAUCGAGUCCCUCAGGGCCUGUAAGGCCAAGCUGUACCUGUCCAAGGACCCGGAGAAAGUCACCGAGGUCAUACAGGAAGGGAUCGGCGCCGGCACGAUGUUCACGCCCGACACCAUGCCAGACCUGAGCGUCGAGCAGCUGCGGGUGGCGUUCGAUGGAGACUCUGUGCUUUUCUCCAACGAGUCUGAAAGAGUCUAUCAGCAGCGGGGACAGAAUCUGGAUGCUUACUUUGCCUAUGAGAAAGAGCAUGAGGACACGCCUAUCACCGACGGUCCCCUCAAGUGCUUCCUGGAGGUUCUGGUGAAGUUCCAGAGGAAGCUCAGUCCCAACAAUGAGGACCAGGGUCCGAUCCGGACCUUCUUGGUGACGUCCCGUAGCGAAGGCACAUUCGCCGAAGCCAGGGCGAGGAAGACUCUGCGCAGCUGGGGGCUGGAGCUGGACGAGCUUUGGUUCCUGGGCAGGGAUCCCAAAGGUCCUGUGCUGCAGGAGAUCAAACCCCACAUCUUCUUCGACGACCAGAUGAAACACAUCACUGGGGCCGUGGAGUCUGGCACCAUCUCGGCUCACGUCCCCUACGGCAUCUGACAGAAGUAGAUCCUGGCUCAGGAUUGCAAGGAAUUUUGAAUAUAUUUAUAUAUGUUUAUAUUCCUGGAAGUAACACAUCUGUAAUGUCUGUAAUUUUCUAAGAGUUUUGGGCAGAUAGCGCCACCUAGUGGGCUCUGAAAGAAAUGACUCUGUUUCAUGAAGCCUCACUAGCGAUGAGGACACAGCAAGUGUGGUAAGUACAUGACUUACAGAUGUUAAAAGUAGUGGUCAAUGCAGAUAGUAAUGUGGGCGGGACCUCACUCAGAGGCAUGAGAGAGCAGCAGCUCUGUGGUCACCUGCUUCAUGCUUCACGGACACCAUGGCUUGAAUUUCUGUUCUCCUUUGGUUAUGGUUUGUGAAAGCAAACGUUUGCUCAGGAUCGUAGUGUUGCUGUUUUUCAAACAUCACACAGGUGGAGUUGGCUGUAACUUCUCUGCUUCAGUCGGCAUCUGCAACAGUAGAAGACAUAUUGGAUUCAGUUAGUGAGGCUUCAAGCUGCCACUGAGGGCUAAUAAGAAAACAUUCAUUGAGCAGCAAGUUAAAAAUCACAUCAGACCUGAGUAGCGCUAGCCGCGGCUACAGUGGCGGGAAGAAGGUUGUGGACACAAUCUCAAAUACAGUGGUGCCUCGGAUUUCGAACGUCUCAGAAUUCAAACAAAAAUUUCGAGAUUUUUUUGCUUUGGAUUUCGAACGAAAAUGCAGAACUUGAACGCCCCGGAAAAAUGCCGGAAAAAACAUAAGGCACGCGGAGCGAUCAGCUGACCCCGACGUGCUCUGUUAUUGUGUAUAACGCAGCCUCUGUAUGCAGACGUGUCCCGUUAGUUCCAUUUACUGACUGUUUUUUCUUCCUAUUGAGGUGUAAAACCUUUCCUGUCUCCACACUGGACCGUGGUAGAGUGUCACAGGGGAGGUGCUGGAGCGCUCACUCCAGGGUUUGAUGUCCUGUUGUGGGCUGGAGCUGGGACAGGGAUGAGGCCAGUCUGGGACAGAGCGUGACUUGGUUUAUGACUUUGUCACAGCCAAACUGCACAGAAGCGCACAUUCAGAGCUGGACACGCACCGGGCACCUCUUCACUUCUGGAGAGACCUCACUCACUCGGCAACCACAUGCAGCGGCCACACACAUAGAGGAACAGCCACCUGCAGCAGACACUCUACAUUCACUCCUACAAAAGACUAGUUUAAGGCUUGGAACGCAUUAUUGCUUUUUCCAUUCAUUGUCAUGGGAAAAAUCCAUUCAGAUUUCUAACAAUUUGCUUCUCGAACGGCCGUCUGGAACGGAUUGUGGUCGAGACCCCAGGUACCACUGUACUAUUAAGUUGGUUUUUGUUUAUUUCAUACAAGAAAAAAUAACCACUAAAACUAAAGUCUUGACAGUAUGUCAGUUCUCAACAUUGUUGGCGUCAAAGUCAACGAACAAAGUGUUCAAACUUGAACAAAAUAAAGAAGCCCUCCCAUCAUAAGACUGAUAUGUUGUAGUCCUGCUGUUGGAACUCAACCGAACGCAGUACUGUAACAACAAAGCAACCGUCAUGAAUACGGGCCACGGGUCACCGCCAUCUGACCAGUCAGUCAUUUUCUUUGUUUCGAGGACUGACUUUUUGGGAUGUCACUUUUUUUGUGCCUUGCAGAAAUGACCAAAAGGGGGCGCUCCCGUGAUUUUGCAAGAUUGGACGAUGGAAGAAGCUCCUGGUUUUCAGAGACAUACAUUGUUCGGUCAUAUCCGUCCGGCCAUAACAUUACGACCACCUGCGUAACCUAAGGGUUAAGACGCAGCAGAGGGAACUGGAUGAUCCAGCCCAGUGAGUUUACAGCUGUAAACAACAAUGUCAACAACCACUGUCCCCUCCAGGUGGCGCUGCGAGGCGGAUACUGUUCAACUCUGAUUUAUCUUCUGGUAAGUUUGGGUUGUGGAGGAGCCGAAGAUGUUGAGGUGAGAACUGGGACUAGUUCUGUUCCCUCUGAUUCUGACUCCAACGGAAAUGUUUUGACGGUGAAAAUCCUCCACAACACCUCCGUAUUUCGGGUGAAUAUCGCACCUGUACGUCUCGCACUUUCCCUGCCAACCGUGGUGUGAUAGCUUCAGCUGAGAUUCUGUUUUUCCACAAAUGGCCAGGGUCAGGUUGACUCAUUUCCUCUCCAGAUAACAGGGGGUUGGGCUGCUGCACGCCAUGAAGCUGUACCUCAGAGCGCAGGUGGGGGCGCUCUCGGUUCAAGAAUGACACAUAGCAAGAGCGCCAUCUAGUGGAGGCUGCUUCAUGAAGCUUCGUCACGAUCCAGUGCUUUGUCUUCUACUGUGUUUGUAAACAAAGGGUUGAGGCUUUGAGGCGGGGGACACCCUGGAAAGGUGACACGGACGGAACCUGCCGCUGCAGUGGUUCCUGAACAGAGAGCCUGGAUAGCAACAGGCUGCUCCUCGAGGGAAACUUGUCCACAUUUGAAUUCAACAUUUCUUCCUGCAGUUUAACAUUCCUGCCAGUCGUCGGUCUCUGCAGCCUCCAGGAGAGUCGCGGCUAACCGGCUGUUGCCAUGGAUACCCAGUGCUGACACCAAAAAAAGGCCCUGUGAGGCUGGUUGAAGAUGGAAUUAAGAGGAGGGGAUGAGAGGCGACGGUGGCGCGAGCAUGUAGAUCCCAUCGCCGCUGUAACUGGCGGCGUGUCAGCAGGGAAAGUUCCCAGGACGGAAACUACAGCCAUGGAAACGGUUUCCUCUGCAGCUGCCGCAUUCAUCUUCCUGACAAGCUGUUUGUUCCCAAGGUUUUCUGGGGGUGGGAGGCCGUAGUAAAAGUUCUUUAUGGGGACCAAGGUGUGUGUGUGUGUGUGAGCGCUUCAGGUGGUCCAGGGGGCGAUAGAGGUUUGGUUUAAUGAAAGAUGCUCUACGUCACCUGCCACUAUGAUGGUGAUGAUGAUGAUGAUGAUGAUGAUGAUGAUGAUGAUGAUGAUGAUGAUGAUGACUCAAACUGUUUCCUCCC